AAUUGCGAGCAGUUGAACACGGCUAAUUGAAGACAACACAUCGAGCAACACAUCGAGCCACACAACUCAGACAUUACGAAAAGGAUUAAACAGGACAUUUCGUGCAGUGUAGUGUGAACUGAAAAUGUGAAGUAUUAGCAAAGCCGCUCUUGUUCCAGUUGAUAUUGUGUUAAUAAAGGCCGUGCCACCAUGGAAACGGACGCUGAAAAGGCGGCUGGCUCCCGCCUGGAUUACGAUCUGAUGAUGGCCGAGGAGUACAUACUCAGCGAUGUGGAGAAAAACUUCAUUUUGGCCUGCGAGCGCGGCGACUUGCCUGGUGUCAAAAAAAUCCUAGAGGAUUAUACCGAGAACCCUUCCGACAAGUUCAACAUCAACUGUACGGAUCCCAUGAAUCGUUCCGCUCUGAUAUCAGCCAUUGAGAAUGAGAACUUCGAUCUGAUGGUCUUGCUGCUGGAGAACAACAUCGAGGUGGGCGAUGCUCUGCUGCAUGCCAUAUCCGAGGAGUAUGUGGAGGCGGUCGAGGAGCUGCUGCAGUGGGAAGAGAGUAAUCACAAGGAGGGUCAACCCUAUAGCUGGGAAUCAGUGGAUCGCUCGAAGUCUACUUUCACCACGGACAUAACGCCGCUGAUUCUGGCUGCACAUCGCAACAAUUAUGAGAUACUCAAGAUCCUACUGGAUCGAGGAGCAACGCUGCCCAUGCCGCACGAUGUCAAGUGCGGCUGUGAUGAGUGUGUGACCUCGCAGACUACGGACUCUCUGCGUCACUCGCAGUCGCGCAUCAACGCCUAUCGAGCACUCUCGGCCAGCUCGCUGAUAGCGCUCAGCUCACGUGAUCCUGUGCUCACCGCCUUUCAGUUGUCCUGGGAAUUGAAGCGCUUGCAGGCCAUGGAAUCGGAAUUUCGUGCGGAAUAUACGGAAAUGCGUCAAGCGGUGCAGGACUUUGUAACGGCGCUUUUGGACCACGCGCGCACCUCCAUGGAGCUGGAGGUGAUGCUUAACUUUAAUCACGAACCAUCCCAUGAGAUUUGGUGUCCCGGCCAACGCCAGACACUGGAACGCCUGAAACUCGCCAUACGCUACAAACAAAAGACGUUUGUGGCACAUCCAAAUGUGCAGCAACUGCUUGCAGCAAUCUGGUAUGAAGGCUUGCCCGGCUUUCGACGCAAACAAGCCUCACAGCAGCUCAUGGAUGUCAUCAAGCUGGGCUGCAGCUUUCCCAUCUACAGCUUAAAGUAUAUCCUGGCACCAGACUCGGACGGGGCCAAAUUCAUGCGCAAGCCAUUCGUCAAGUUCAUCACCCACUCCUGCUCCUACAUGUUUUUCCUAAUGCUUUUGGGCGCAGCAUCGUUGCGUGUGGUACAAAUUACUUUUGAGCUGUUGGCUUUUCCCUGGAUGUUGACCAUGUUGGAGGAUUGGCGCAAGCACGAACGAGGCUCGCUGCCUGGGCCCAUAGAACUGGCUAUUAUCAUGUACAUUGCGGCGCUAAUAUUCGAGGAGCUCAAGAGUUUAUAUUCCGAUGGCCUGUUUGAGUACAUCAUGGAUCUGUGGAACAUUGUGGACUAUAUAUCGAAUAUGUUUUAUGUCACUUGGAUACUUUGUAGAGCCACCGCUUGGAUCAUAGUGCACCGUGAUUUGUGGUUUAGAGGCAUUGAUCCGUACUUUCCUCGCGAGCAUUGGCAUCCCUUUGACCCCAUGUUGCUCUCCGAGGGCGCCUUUGCUGCGGGCAUGGUCUUCUCCUAUUUGAAGCUGGUGCACAUAUUCUCGAUAAAUCCGCACUUGGGACCGCUGCAGGUGUCACUUGGCCGCAUGAUUAUCGACAUCAUCAAAUUCUUCUUUAUCUACACCUUGGUGCUGUUUGCCUUUGGCUGCGGCCUGAAUCAGCUGCUGUGGUACUAUGCGGAGCUGGAGAAGAACAAAUGCUAUCACCUGCAUCCCGAUGUUGCUGACUUUGAUGACCAGGAGAAGGCCUGCACCAUCUGGCGUCGUUUUUCCAAUCUGUUUGAGACCUCGCAGUCGCUGUUCUGGGCAUCCUUUGGCCUGGUCGAUCUGGUCUCCUUCGACUUGGCUGGCAUCAAGAGUUUCACACGCUUUUGGGCGCUGCUGAUGUUCGGCUCGUAUUCGGUUAUCAAUAUAAUUGUGCUGCUCAACAUGCUGAUUGCCAUGAUGUCGAACUCGUAUCAAAUCAUCUCGGAGCGUGCUGAUACCGAGUGGAAGUUCGCCCGCUCGCAGUUGUGGAUGAGCUACUUUGAAGACGGCGGCACCAUACCACCGCCCUUCAAUUUGUGCCCCAACAUGAAAAUGUUACGCAAGACGCUUGGACGCAAGCGACCCUCCCGCACCAAGAGCUUCAUGCGCAAGUCCAUGGAGAAAGCCCAGACGCUGCAUGACAAAGUGAUGAAGCUGCUGGUGCGUCGACAUGUGACGGCCGAGCAGAGGCGUAGGGACGAUUACGGCAUCACCGAGGAUGAUAUCAUUGAGGUGCGCCAGGACAUUAGCUCGCUACGGUUCGAGCUGCUGGAGAUUUUCACCAAUAACAGUUGGGAUGUGCCAGACAUUGAGAAGAAGACGCAAGCUGCUGCCCGCACCACCAAGGGCAAGGUGAUGGAACGUCGCAUCAUGAAGGACUUCCAGAUUGGCUUCGUCGAGAAUCUGAAGCAAGAAAUGGACGAGAAUGAAAACGGACGCGACAUCUUCGCCUCACUGGCGAAGGUCAUAGGCAGAAAGAAGACCCAAAAGGGUGACAAGGACUGGAAUGCCAUUGCCAGAAAGAACACGUUUACUGCGAAUCCCAUUGGCUCGAAACGCUCCUCUAUGCAGCGUCAAAGCCAGCGCAGCUUGAGGCGCAAGAUCAUUGAGCAAGCGAAUGAGGGUCUGCAAAUGGAUCAGACCCAGUUGAUAGAAUUCAAUCCCAACUUGGGCGAUGUGACGCGAGCCACACGCGUUGCCUAUGUGAAGUUCAUGCGCAAGAAGAUGGCAGCUGAUGAGGUUUCGGUGGGCGAGGGAGAGGAAGCCCCGAACGGUGACACUGAGAAGAAACCAGAUGCCAAUGGCUCCAAGAAGAUGCCAGCCGGCGCAGGCGGUGGUUCGUCCAUGAUGGCAGCUGCGGCACUGCGUGCCUCUGUGAAGAACGUGGAUGAGAAAGGCACUGAGGGAGACAAGAAAGAUGAUAAGAAACCCAAUGAUGACAAGGAUAAGAAAACCACAGACGACAAGAAAUCUGUGAAUGGCAAGAAACCUGGCGAUAGUAAGCCCGAUGCUAAGCCCCAAGCGCCAACUGCUGCUGGAAAGCCAGGCGACCAAAAGCCCGCGCUGCCAGCCACCAAGCCGCCAACUGCAGCCAAUGGAGCUAAGCCUAACGAACAGCCAAAGUCUGGCAGUGAUGUGGAGAAGCCGAAUGCACCGGCGCCACCCGCUAAGCCGGCUGAUGUUAAGCCGCCGGCCCCCAAGCCAAAUGAAGCCGCUAAGCCGGAAGCUGCGGCCAAGAAAGAGGAGGCAGCCAAAAGCGAGGCGGCUAAGCCGCCAGCAGCAGCUGGAGCAGCUGCCAAAAGUGCAGCGCCGUCGGCGCCUGCAGAUGCCAAGCCGGACACCGAUAAGAAGCCCACAACGACAACAGCCACGCCUAGCGGUACCAAGGCAGCCAAUGAGUCCAGUGGUGGAGCAACGCCCGCUGCUAAGCCGGAGGACAAGAAAAGCGAACAGAAGGCCGAUGACAAGAAGGAGAAGGACGCCAAUGGCAAGCCGGGCGAGACGAAGCCCGCUGCAGCAGCUGGGGCUCAGCCAAGCGAUGCCAAGCCAGAUGACAAAAAGGCAGACGACAAGAAGCCCGACGACAAGAAACCUGCAACGGCCCCACUCAAGCCAGCGAUUAAAGUGGGUCAAAGCAGCGCCGCAGCCGGUGGCGAACGUGGCAAGUCCACCGUCACUGGCCGCAUGAUCUCCGGCUGGUUGUAGGAGAAGCUCCAGGAACAUUUUUCAAUAAAACUUAAGUUGAUAUUUCUAGCUGAAACUAAGUACUCAAAAUGUGUGCAAACAAAUAAACGAAAUUUAAACUU